AUGAAUAGCCCCCAAUGGGAUUUAAGCCGCUACGACAGUUGCAUUGGUACGUACCAUCAGAAAGCUCGUUGGAUGGCUGGGUUCAUUAUCCCGGUGCUUGAAGCUCUCAAGACAAGGCGAAGUGAUUCAAACUUGUUAUUUCCAAAACACUUCUUCAUGGUACAAAGAGAAGAGGUGGCUAUUCUUGAGCGAGCGAAUGAACCGUAUACGCCCACGUUCAGUAACCGUCCUGGCCGCUGA